AUGUCAACUGAAUAGCAUCGAUUGAAGAACACGUAAAUGGAGUUAGAAGCUGGUGAGGAGGAAGGAGGUAUAGAAGAGGGUGAACUUACAGGUGAAGAAUCAGGAGAAAACCUUCCUCAAAAAUCAAAUUCUCCAGAUUAUAUGAAUAAACUUGCAGACAAAAAAAAGUCUGAUAAUACUGGUCGGCACUAAAAAAAACCAAAACACAAAAGUGACCCGAGUUCUUCUUCUCCUUCUGAUAAUGAAUCAGACUCUUAUUCUUAAUCUCCUUCGAAGUCUAAAAACAAAAAAAAAGCAAAAUAAAAUACAAAAUAAUCUAAAUCUGAAAAAUCAAAAAAAAGAUAAUAAUCUCAAAGCAGUGGCUCUGAUUCUGGAUCUUCCAGUGAUGAAAAGUCAAAAUAAAAAAGGAAGAAAUAAACUCAUACUAAAUCUAAGGAUAAAGGUUCAACAGAAUAAGAAAACAAAGAUUCAAAAUCGUAGUCAAACAAUAAUUAUGAUAAAAAUAAAAAAACAAAGGAAAGUGCUUAAAUAAAUUCAAGGAAAUCAUCUUCUUCUUCAAAGUCUAGAAACUCCUAUAUUGAGGAUGAAUCGUUAUAAAAUUCAUCAAGUAGAUCUAGGUCAAGAUCUUCAUCUAAGAAUAGAAAACCAAGUAAAAAAAGUAAACAAUAAUAAUCUAAUUCUUCUAAGAACAAAAAGAAAUCGAAACAGUAAGCUAAAAGCAAAAGCAAAUCUACAAGAAGUAAAAGCAUCCAAAGUGUAUCAAGUAGUGCGUACGAUAGUGAUUAUAAUAGUUUUGAUGAUUCUAAUAAUGGAGAAAAAUUUUACAGUAAGAAAAAAAAUAGGAACGAUAACUCCUCAUUUGAAGAAGAUGAUGAUGACGAAGAUGAAUUAGAAGGAGAGAUUAGAUUUGUUAAAGUAGAUCCAACAACUAUUCAUAAAAAAUUACCUGGUAAUAAAAGAAAGGAUGAUUAGAAGAAUAGAAAAAAGAAGUAAAAAAAUUAAAAGAAUUAAGCAAAAUAAAAAAAGAAAUCUUCUUCAAGCUCAUCGGAUAGCUCAUUAUCUGAAGGUAGCUAAGCUUUUUAGUUCAAAGAUUUAAGUGGAAAACCAAUUUGCUCUAACUUUAUUCAAGGAAAGUGUCUAAAAACAUCAAAUUGUUAGAUUUCACACGAAACAGUUAAUUAUCCUUGUAGAUCUAAAAUUUCAACUGGCUAGUGCACUAUUAAUGGAUGCCUUUAUAAUCACGAGCCUGAAAAAUUAGAGAAAAAAGAGCUUUUCAGAUUUAUGAAAGAUAACUAUAAUUAUUUAGAAGACUUGUACAAAAAUUAAGGUUCAACUAAGCUCGGUGAUAAAUUUCUUAAAUUUCGUAAAAAAUAUUAAAUGUUUGCAGAUUUGUAAAAUACUUCUUCUGCUACUCCUUAUAUAAAUAUGGGAUUCCCUAAUUAGCCACCUCCUCCUCCACCACCUCCAAAUAAUUCUUCAUCUUCUUAGUAAACUAGAAAUAAAUAGCAGCCUCCUUUAAAUAAUUAAAAUAUACCACCUGUCUAACCACCACCUCCACCUCCUCCCUAGAAUAACUAAUAACCUGGCUAAUUCCAAUCAUCGCAAAUUCUUUCAUCAGUAAACACACCUCAAUAAACCUAGCAAAUGUAAAAUCCAAUAAGAGGAUAAAUUCCAAACCAAGCACCUCCUCCACCCCCUUCAUAAAUCCAGUAAUAGCAACAAUAAAAUUACUAAUAAUAAUAAAAUUAAGUAUUCUAGUAAUAGCAAGGGAUGAAUAUUCCUACUUCUGUACCACCUCCACCACCACCUCCUUCUUAAUAAUAAUACAUUUAAUAAAAAUCUCAAUAAGCAAGUAACAUUAACCAGUAUCCUUAAAAUAAUAUUUCUCCGUAUUACCCAAAUAUAAGCAAUAAUAGCAAUAACAAUAACAACAUUCAAUAAGGAUAUAAUUAUAGUGGAAAUUAUUCAUAAUCUGCAGUCCCACCACCAGUUAAUUAAAUGCCUAUACAAUAAACUUAAAUCAGUAACCUUUAAUUACCUUAAUAGUAAUAACAAUAAUUUAACAAUUAUCCUCCUUCAUCUUAAAAUUAAAUACCUUAAGCAUUACCUUUGCAAUAAAGCUUAACUAAAUAAUCAUAACCACUUCCACCUUAACAAAUAUAACAAAAAAUAAAUGGUCCUUUGAGCUAGCCAGCUCCACCUUAACCAGUUUAACUUUAAAAUGGUAUCUAAUAACCUCCACCUCCAAUAUCUUAAAACUAGUAAAUGUAAACAAAUAAUAACCUUCCUCAAUAAAACUAAGGUUAAUACGUAGGAAACAGAAACCUACAAUUGUAACCAAAUCAACCUAUAAGCAUGACAAACAGAAAUUAAUAAAAUAUUCCGCCUCCUCCCCCACCACCUCUUGUACCCAACAGAAACUUGGCUGGCAUACCACAACCUCCCCCUCCACCACCUCCACUAUAAAACUUGAACUAAUAGAAUAUUCCACCUAUUAAUUAAUAAGUUCCUAUUAAUUAACAGAAUUAAAUUCAAUCUAAUUUGGGUAGCAAUAUUAAUAUAAACUAAAUGUAAUCAGUUAAUUAGCCUAUUAAAUAAAAUCAACCUCAAGUAUAGUAAUUUUAAAACAGCAACUUUGGAUAAUCUCAGUCCUCUAAUAUUCCUUCUAAUUUGUAGCAACUUCCAAAUAAUAAAAUUAAUGAUAUUUCUUUGAAAAACCAGUAACUACAAUCAUAAGUGAUACCACCUAAUUUCAUACCACCACCACCUCCUCCCCCUACUGGAGGGCAAUAAAGUAAUGAAAUUCCUCCUUAUAUUACUAGAAACAAUAUACCAAUUCAAUAACCUCCUCCACCUUAGUAGUAGCUUUAUAAUAAAAAUUAAAGUGGGUAGAUUCCUCAGCCACCUCCUUCAAUAUAAGCUUAAUAAACUCCAUAGAAUAAUUUAGAUCAGUCUUAUAAUUAAUCUUCAUAUAUUUAAUAAAUCCCUCCUCCUCCUCCCCCACUUCCUUCAUAAUAAUAAGGGAUUAGUGGCAAGAAUAAUAUGUAUUUAAGUGACCAAAAAAAUAUAGAAUGCAAUAAUUAAUAUUAUUUCGAAAAGGAUUAGUAUGAAGGAGACUAUGUAAUGGAAUAAGAAAGAAAUCGCAUAUCUUAAAUGAGGUUAAAUAAUGAAUAACAAAAUUUCUAAAAUGUUGGAGGAAACAACGGAAAUCUUAAUAGUAGUUUGAAUAAUGGAUAUUCUAUGUAUCCUCCUCCACCACCUCCAACUCAGCCAUAACAAAAUUAAAAUCUGCAAGGUUAAAAAUAAAACUAUUAAAAUAAUAACUAAAAUAAAUAAUUCAAUGGCUACAAUCAGGGGAUGUAAACUUAGACAGGUAACUUCAUACAAAAUAUGCCUCCGCCACCACCACCACCCAUUCACCCCUCUUAAUAAAGCAUUCAACAAAUGUAAUAAGCUUAAAUUAAUCAGUAGUAGCCAUAAUAAGAUUCUGCUCAAAUUUAAUAGGAUAAUGAUUAAUUGUAAGAAUUUAUGAGAGAGCUAAGCAAUAUCGACUAAGACAGCUAAUUAUAAAUUUUACAAAUUUCAAAAUAUUUCCUAGAGAAUAAUCAUUUGUAAUUUGAACAUGAAUAGCAAAUUUAAAAAAUGACACCUGAUGUAAUAUAAAAGUUAAAAUAUUUUGUGAAAUCUGCAAAAGCAGAAGAAUUUAGAAAAAAAAUAGAUUAAAUAAUAAACAAUAAAUAAAAUAUAGAUCUCCCUUAAAUUAACCAGUAAUAGUAAUAAAACUAGCUAUAGCAAUAGCAAAAUAUUAAUAUUUAAUAACAACAACAAUAAUAAUUAAUUCAGUAAAAUUAAAAUCUAUUAUCAAAUUCAGCGCCUCCUCCACCUCCUGCAUCUUUAGCUGCACAGCCAGAAAUAGGAGAUAAUAAAAAGAAGGAUUUCAAUGAAAAGCUUGCUAAUAUAGGUAUUUUUGGUGGGGCAAAGUAACAACAGGCCUCUCAACCAUCAUCAUAAAGUAAGGUUUAAUAAAUUCUCUCUCGUAAUAAGUAAGAUCCAAGAAUUGCAGCUAAAGAGAAAUUUGAAGAAAAAAAAGCAAAUAAGCAGUGA